UCUCACAAUGCUAGAAUUGUUCAGUUUGUUGUCAACGUUCCGGAUUUAUUUUAGUGUCUGUUCAUAUAUUACUAUUUAUCAGCUUCUCACUUUUCAGUCAGUUUGAAUUAAACUUGUCAUGGGAAAGGCAUAUCUUGUGUUAAUGGUAAUCCUUCUAUGUUCCAAACUAUACGAAUCGGCAAGCAACUCACUUUGGCGAUGGAAAUGUAAUCAAUCAGCAGGGGCAUGUACAAGAGUUUCUGGUGAUGUCGAUGCCACAUUAUAUCCCUCUUUAGAAACUUGCAGGUUGGUCUGUGGUACAGCUGGAGGACUUUGGCCGCAGCCAACAGUUGGCACUGUCUUAAGUGAUGGAUUAUUUCAGUUUUCGUUAAGUUCUCUCAAAUUUGAGUUUGCGUCUGAAGACAACGACGUCACUACCUAUCUUAAAGAAAUAGCCGAUUUGUUUAACAAAACUCUUUCCUCAAUCAGUGCAUCAAAUUGUUCAAAUACGGACAAUACAGUAACGAUAUCUAUCGUUGUUUUGACAAACAAUAUGGACCUCAAUUGGAAAACAGAUGAGGGCUAUAAUUUAGAGAUUUUAACAGCAGGAAAAGAAAAUUCCGUGAAAAUAAGCGCAAAUACAAUUUUUGGAGCCAGACAUGCUUUGGAGACGGUAUCUCAACUGAUAGAACUUUUUAGUAAUAAUAAUGGAGAAGUUUGUCAUGUUAUAGUCGAUGAAGCAAAAAUUAGCGAUGCACCAAAUUAUAACCACAGGGGGUUACUGUUAGAUACAGCAAGAAAUUUUCUGUCCAUUAGUUCUAUCAAAAAACACGUAGAUGGAAUGGCUCAUUCUAAACUAAAUGUACUUCACUGGCAUAUAACAGACUCGCAAAGUUUUCCUUUAGAACUUCCUACACUGCCAAACAUGACCAAGUACGGUGCUUAUUCAGAUAGUAAAAUAUAUCAUCCUACCGACAUUGCGGAAUUAAUAUCAUACGCUAAACUAAGAGGUGUUCGAAUUAUCAUAGAAAUUGAUGCUCCAUCACAUGCUGGUAAUGGUUGGCAGUGGGGACCAGACGCCGGACUUGGUGAUCUUUCAGUUUGUAUUAACCAGCAGCCUUGGAGAUCUUUCUGUAUUCAACCACCUUGCGGUCAGUUAAAUCCUGUCAACAGUAACCUUUACAAAGUGUUGAAAGACUUAUACAGCGAUGUGAUUAAUAUGUUACCGAAAGGCGAAGUAUUCCAUAUGGGUGGUGAUGAAGUUUACAUUCCGUGCUGGAAUUCAACUCCCGAAAUAAUUGCUUACUUAGGAGAUAAACCUAGAACAACUGAAACAUUCUUGGAUUUGUGGUCUGAUUAUCAAGCUCAAGCACUCGAAGCUUUUGACUCUGCAGUUGGUAACACCAAUACACCGAUAAUUCUAUGGACAAGCCAUUUAACUGAAGUCAGCGUUAUAGAAAAAUAUCUUUCCAAAACCAGAUAUGUAAUACAAACUUGGGUUCCUGCAGCGGAUACCUUACCACAAAACCUUCUUGAUCUAGGUUAUCAAAUCAUUGCUUCUACAAAGGACACAUGGUAUCUGGAUCACGGAUUCUGGGGAAAUACCGUAUAUCAUAACUGGAGAGUUGUUUAUAAUAAUAAAAUUCCAACUGCCUCGGGCACUCUUGGAGGAGAGGUGUGCAUGUGGGCUGAACUAGUUGAUGAUAGCUCAGUAGAAUCGCGAGUUUGGCCUAGAGCUGCUGCGGCUGCUGAAAGACUUUGGUCAAAUCUAAAAACUAAUGCAGAUCAAGCUGAACGCCGGUUUUAUAGACACAGAGAAAGACUUGUUUCAAGAGGUAUCAACGCUGAAGCUCUAACCCCCAGAUGGUGUUAUCAAAAUGAAGGCGAAUGCUAAUUUUGUUUAAUAUUGUUUAUAACAUGCGACCAACAGAUAAUGUCCUCUAGUUAGUGCUGGAUUUUUAGCUACUUUUCUCAUUACUCUUUGUGAGUAGUAAACUUACCCGUUCAGUGCCAACUUGAGAACGUUUUUUAUUAACGGUUCCUCACUUUGUUACAUUUUCAUUAUAUACCAAAAGAGCACUGUGCACACAUAAAUAUAUUUUUAUAUGUGUAAAGAA